AUGCGGCCCUUGGUUCCUGAUACCUUUCUGCCACGACCCCGCAAAUCCCCCACACCAGCGGGACCUGAGGACGAAUUCCGCCCCAUGUCCUCUGAGACCUUUUUCCUAGCUCGAGAUAGCGAUAUACAAGAUUCUCAAGCUGCGUCCGCAGACGAUGAAGGGGAUGGGACAUAUGGGGUGCAGAGUCUCGAAGAAUCCACAGCUGACAAUUCCUCAAAAUGGCAGGCUUCUCAACCUGAGGGAGAAAUAAGUGAUACGUCACCUCUCCACACCCUUGCGAAGAUAGAAACAACGAUUAAAACUGCCGAGACUGGUGAUGGAGAUCGAGAAGGACGGAGUCCGUCGCCUUUUAAACAUAAACACAUCAGAACGCCGCCCAAUGUUCCUACAUCUUGCCCCCUGACGCCCUUCUUACUUGGGUCGCCGGAAGAGCCCGUCUCCCUUCCAGACAGCCCCAAGUCAACCUCGACACGAUCCUUCCUACCGACCAAUGAAAUAUCCAUGCCGUAUGCGGAAAUUGACCCCAGAGGGACGGUGGAAAAUGACGGCGAUAACAGUCUCAGUUCUUCUGGGGUUCAGGAUAGUACGCAACUGAUAAUGCCAAGUAUCAAAAUGCCCAGCCGGAGGCCCUUUACUGAAGCGGGGAAAUCUAUGGGCAGGUUCAAGAUUCUCCUGGCUGGCAAUUCUGGUUGUGGGAAAACAUCUCUUAUAAAAUCUAUAGUUCAAGUGGUCGAAGAUAUAGUACACGUUGAUCCGCUCCCUCGUGGGCCCUCUCGGAUUAGAACCAACAAAUCGAGUCCAAAACGAUCGCAUAGAUCUCACCACUUACGAGAGGCUACCUCGAUAGCAGAGGUUUAUGCCAGCACUAAGCCUUAUCCAUCGUGGUGGUCAGACCUGGAAGAUUCAAGAGUCCUUCGAAGGCGGAAAAGUAUGGGAGACUUGGUAUUGGAAAGAAACUUGUGCUUUGUUGACACAUCCUGUGGAACGUUGGGUCUUGAAGAUCAGGCAGAAUGUAUCAUACAGUAUAUCAGCCGGCAGUUCCAGAGGUCUGUAAACGCGCUGGAUUCAUUCAACACUGAUUUCCAGGGCCUUUUGAGUGGAAAUGGUGGCUCCCAGGUGGAUGCCAUCUUAUAUCUUGUCUCUGAAGAUUCGAUGUCCGCGGACAUAUCAUGCAUACAGAAGCUGUCCAAGGUCGCCAAUGUUAUCCCUCUGAUCUCCAAGGCUGACCUUCUCAGCAAAAGCCAAAUUCAAUCCCUAAAACGAUCUUUCCACUCCCAGGCGCGCGACGGGGGCGUUCAACCCUUUCUGUUUGGUGAUCUCGCUGGCAGUAUCGGCGAUGAAGAAACUAUCCCAGCCUUACCAUUUGCUGUUUCUUCUGCGAAUUCCAAUGAAGAUGACACCAUGGAUGCAAGUCUGUUGAUGAGUCCCGAUUAUAUGCAGCCAUUAGCCCCGUCGGAGCUAAAUUUGCUCUUGGGAAAGCUGUUUGACCGGGAUAACAUAGCCUGGCUGCGACAUCUGGCCGCGAAGAAGCUGAUACAAGCAUGUGAUUUGCAUGUGAUUUCCCCUGCGCGUCAACAUCUACAAGGAUCUUUGAUCUCCAGACCUGCUGGAAUCACUUCGAACCCAUCUCAAUCUACAUCAGCCCUCUCAUCCGUCUCCCCGUCGCAGGUCCUUGUUCCAUACCCAGGUGUUGACAAUGGUCCACCAUCGUAUCUCAUGUCUCGCGUGGCCGAUCAUACCCAGCGGGAGGAGCACCUUGCCCAGAUCCGACUUGCAAAAUGGGCAUCGGACUUGCAACAAAGUCUCCAAAACGAACGAGAGCGAUACGAAUCUCUAGCCCGUAGCGAGCGGGCUGUCUGGCUAACAGAACGAUUGGGCGAAUGUGUGGCGGACGGUACACUCCUCCCCAUAAUCCAAACUCCAGGCUUCUCUCAUAUGCAAGCACCGCGGGGGCUAAAAGGCCACGGUAGCGGCAGCAGAGGCAGCGGCGGCAGAGAGACCGUGACAAUCCCAGGACCCGACGGCCGACCUGUUAAGUAUCGGGUUGCAGAUAUGAGUUCAUCGGGGGAUCCUCUGGGCCUGAUACGGUGGAAGGACGAUAUGAAGCGGACGGGCUGGGUAGUGAUACAGAUUAUUGGAAGUAUGGGGGUAGUUGGUGGACUUGCGCUGUGGGUUGCUAAGGCGUGGGGACUCCCCUCAUCUCAGGGGUUUGCGGAAUGGAAUUUUGGGACGUUUAGCGCGGAAACCAGGCCGGGGAACAUUCUGCCGUGGAGAGUUCUAGAAAGCCGGCGAUGGAUUGGGCCUAGCGCCAGACACAGCGGCCACGGCCAUGGAAAGCGGUGGAAGCUUCGCCAAGGCUCGAUGGCCCAGCGGUUGUUCUGGCGACCGAAUCUAUUGAUUACCAUCCUAUCACCAACUGCAGCCAUGUCGUCUGAAACUUUCGAGUUCCAGGCUGAGAUUUCUCAGCUCCUCUCCCUCAUUAUCAACACCGUCUACUCCAACAAAGAGAUCUUCCUGCGAGAACUGAUUUCCAACUGUUCCGAUGCUCUCGACAAAAUCCGCUAUGAGGCGCUUUCCGACCCAAGCAAACUCGACUCCAACAAGGAUCUCCGCAUCGAUAUCAUCCCCGACAAGGAAAACAAGACCCUGACUAUAAGCGAUACUGGUAUCGGCAUGACCAAGGCUGAUCUCGUCAACAACCUGGGUACCAUCGCCCGCUCGGGUACUAAGCAAUUUAUGGAAGCUCUCACUGCUGGUGCGGAUAUUUCUAUGAUUGGCCAAUUCGGUGUUGGUUUCUACUCUGCCUACCUCGUUGCCGAUAAGGUGACCGUCAUUUCCAAGCACAACGAUGACGAACAGUACAUCUGGGAGUCCAGUGCUGGCGGCACCUUCAAAAUCACCCAGGACACCGAUGGAGAGCCACUUGGCCGUGGUACCAAGAUGAUCCUUCAUCUCAAGGACGAGCAGACCGAAUACCUGAAUGAGAGCAAGAUCAAGGAAGUCGUGAAGAAGCACUCUGAGUUCAUCUCCUACCCCAUCUACCUUCAUGUCCUCAAGGAGACUGAGAAGGAGGUUCCCGAUGAAGAUGCUGAGGAGGUGAAAGACGAGGGUGACGACAAGGCUCCCAAGGUCGAAGAGGUCGAUGACGACGAAGAGGACAAAGCGAAAGAGAAGAAGACCAAGAAAAUCAAGGAGACUAAGAUCGAGGAGGAAGAGCUAAACAAGACCAAGCCUAUCUGGACUCGCAAUCCUGCUGAUAUUACUCAGGAGGAGUAUGCUUCCUUCUACAAGACUCUUUCCAACGACUGGGAGGACCAUCUUGCUGUGAAGCACUUCUCCGUCGAAGGUCAACUAGAGUUCCGUGCGAUCCUCUUCGUUCCCAAGCGUGCUCCUUUCGAUCUCUUCGAGACCAAGAAGACUAAGAACAACAUCAAGCUCUACGACCUUCCUCUCAACCUUUCUCGUGAGACUCUCCAGCAGAACAAGAUUAUGAAGGUCAUCAAGAAGAACAUCGUCAAAAAGACCCUCGAGCUUUUCAAUGAGAUUGCUGAAGACCGUGAGCAAUUCGACAAGUUCUACUCUGCUUUCAGCAAGAACAUCAAACUCGGUAUCCAUGAGGAUGCCCAGAACCGCCCCGCUCUUGCCAAACUCCUCCGCUUCAACUCCACCAAGUCUGGUGACGAGACCACCUCUCUUACCGACUAUGUCACCCGCAUGCAAGAGCACCAGAAACAGAUGUACUACAUCACUGGCGAGUCUCUCAAGGCUGUUCAGAAGUCUCCCUUCCUCGAUACCCUUAAGGAGAAGAACUUCGAGGUUCUCUUCCUUGUCGAUCCCAUUGAUGAGUACGCCAUGACACAGCUCAAGGAGUUCGAUGGCAAGAAGCUCGUCGACAUCACCAAGGACUUCGAGCUCGAGGAAACGGAGGAGGAGAAGAAGGCCCGCGAAGCCGAAGAGAAGGAAUACGAAGGCCUCGCCAAGAGCCUGAAGAACGUCCUUGGUGACAAGGUCGAGAAGGUUGUCGUCUCCCACAAACUUAUCGGCUCCCCCUGUGCCAUCCGCACUGGCCAAUUCGGCUGGUCCGCCAACAUGGAACGUAUCAUGAAAGCGCAAGCCCUCCGCGACACUUCCAUGAGCUCCUACAUGUCCUCCAAAAAGACCUUCGAAAUCUCGCCAAAGUCCCCAAUCAUCCAGGAGCUCAAGAAGAAGGUCGAGGCCGACGGCGAGAACGACCGCACAGUCAAAUCCAUCACCCAACUCCUUUUCGAAACCUCUCUUCUCGUCUCGGGCUUCACCAUCGAGGAGCCUUCCGGCUUUGCGGAGCGCAUUCACAAGCUCGUUUCUCUUGGUUUGAACAUUGAUGAGGAUGCUGAGACUUCCGAGGAGAAAGAGGCAGACACUGUCGUCGCUGAAGCUCCGGGUGAGAGCGCUAUGGAGGAGGUUGAUUAGAUAUUUCCUUCAAUUUAGCCUUUUUUUUCCUUUGUCCUUUUUCUCUCAUCCUUUUAAAUUUCGUUGUUGAACAAAAAUCCUGUUUUUAAAUCAUGAGCGUAUGGUGGAAUGAUGAAAUGAAAUGCACACGCACAC